UGCUGAAGUGGCAGCUGCGAACAUGCGUUUGGCGACCUGGUCUUGGGAGGUACCUUGUUGAAAAAAAUGGAAACGGGGGCCGGAACGGUGUUUUUUUAGGGCGCCUCUGAACCCUUCUAGCUGGGUAUUCGAUUCCUUCUCCAUGAAGCCUCUCGCCACUUUCUUUUUUUCCUCCCAGUAGUAAAGGGGCUGCAGUAAGUGCGGUUACACGGUAUGUAGGAGAUACAAACUAAAGAACAGGUAAUUUGCUUUGAAGGAACACACACUGGUAAGAAUUCCAAGAGACUCCAAUGCAUUUAAUAUUUAAGGCGUAUCUAUAACCUGCUGAUCUUGGAUGUACCAGAGAAGCUUGGAGACGACGUUAGCACAGAAUUUUCUUUGUGUGUGCACACGCAUUUGGAAAAAAAAAACCAACUAUCAUAAUUUACGGGUUUUGACGCAAACAUUUCUCAGAAAAAAAAACGCGAAGCUACUUUACUAAUUUUAGCGCAGGUUUUUUUGCAGAGCGUUGGCUGAAAACAGUCACAGCAAAUCUAUACAUGACGUGAGUGGACCCCCCCCCUCCUACCCACCCCCGAUAUUUGAAAUAAACAUAGAAGGUUUUGUGAAACGCAAACCACAACGUUGAAGUGCACUUCAGUUCAAUGUAAAGGUUGUAAAACCGUGCAAUCAAGGCGUGUCACUGACAUACUUUCACUCGUGUGACAGGCGAGGAGAAAAAAAACGUUUUGGCCUCUUAAUUCGGGGAGGGGAGGGGGUUUCUUGGCUGCAAUUUCCCCUGGCGGGUCUGCUGAGCAGCGAAGUCCCCCUGAAAAGAAACUUUUGUCUUUAAAUGCUAGGACGGCGAGGCUCGGUGGAGCUCCCCUCCCCCCAGUCUUCGGCGAAACAGGAACAACUCCUUUGAAAAAAAAAAAGUUGCACAAGUUUGAAACUUUCUUGGAGAAACUUUUCCCCCUCUCGUGUGGCGUUACCCAGUGAGACGCCGUGAUUUGUGGGGGGGCUUUUUUUGGGAUAUUGCUUUUUUUGGUUGGAGGACAAAGAACCCGAAACCUUUCUUCAAGAUUUUUACUUACCUCGAGGAUUAUAAUUGGGGAAAGCUUUCUGUCUGUGGAUUAAUGCCUCCGAAAAGGAAAAAGGAUGGGAAUCGGGGGAUCCCAGAACUGAUCUUUGCGUGAAAUCUCGGUGGAAUGGAUGUACCUCAUUAUUAUGGAAUGCGCUCUUUAUAUGUUAAAUACUGGGUUUGUGAAUGGAUUGUGUGAUCCGGCGCUGAAGAAUCUGGAUUUGGAUCACUUGCGACAUUUGGAUCUGACACAGUGCAGCACGUACCCUUGCUUUGUGUUUGUGGGGAGACAGAGCUUGUGGCUCAGGGAACCUAUGAGCAGGCGCUCCCAAUGAGGAACAGCCACUGCCUGUGAGAUCUGGGGGCGUUUCAAGGUGUUUGGAUUUUAUUCUGUUGUACUGUUGAAGUGCAGAGGCAGGGAUGGCAACAGCUAUAUCGUGACGCAGCGGGACAUGUGUGCCCGAGGGAUGUGAGGGCUCCUGGGGAGAGACCAGGCACACACGCAAAGAAUGCUGGAAGUGCAAGAAGAGAGAGCACAUUUCAGCAAGAAAGAGCGAGUGAAGAAGGAGCGAGACGAGGCCAAGGACAGCCGCGAGAGCCGCAGCGCCGCCCACAGGAACCCCCGCGCCGUGCAGAAGGCCCACGCCAGCCCCCACCAGCACUUGAGUCACCCCUCUGCCUCCCUGGGAUCUCCGUCAAUGCAUUCCAGUAACCCCAAAGUGAGGAACUCCCCAUCGGCAAACACUCAAAGCAGUCCAAAAUCUAAACAGGAGGCAAUGGUGCGGUCACCCCCUGUGAUGUCUCCUUCCAGUGCUGCCCAGAUGGACUCCAAAUUGCCCAAUCAGGGAAAGCAAGGUGGAACGGGUGGCCAGUCGCAGCCUUCCCCCUGUGACCCCAAGACACUGAGUGGGGGCCAUGCUCCCAAGGGGCCACAAGGAACAGUGGGCAGUCUGGGACUUAAAAAUGGACAGGGCCUGAACACAGGCAAUGGGGCGAAGGGUAAAGCGAAGAGGGAGAGAAGCACUUCGGUUGACUCCUUUGAGCAACGGGACACUGGUACGCCAAACAACGAGUCUGAGCAGAAAGAUUCAGGCUGCCGGACCAAGCGGAUGUGCGUAGCAGAACGACGCCAGCCGUACAGCGGCACCGACUGGUGUUCGGGGGGCGAGACUGACGAGGACGAGCAGGGCUUCUACAACUGUAAUUCCGGUGAUGUGAAGCCCCAGGAUUCAAAUUCCCUCCCUUCUUCCAAUGCUGGAAUUAGCAGAUCUUCCACGCCUUCCCACAAUUCUGUGGGGGGGCAGAAUGCUGUCUCCGAGUCUGCCAGCAGCCAGAAGACACCAUCAAAAGUCGUUUAUGUCUUUUCCACAGAGAUGGCCAACAAGGCUGCAGAUGCUGUUGUGACUGGUCAUGCGGAAUCCAUUGUUGCCUACCACAUGAAGAAUAUAUCCAAUAGCAAGACUGAGAAGACUCACCAACCUGUGAACAAUCAAGUGGGACCUGUUCGAAAUGAACCAAAGGCCCUCCAGCAACAAGCACCUCCACCACAGCAGUCCCAGCAGCCACCAUCUCACCCCCCAGAACAAAACCACCAACAGGCAUCCAAAGUACAGUCCAACCAGCAGCCACCCCAAUCUCAGCAGCCGGGGCCUAAAUCUGCGAACUUGCCACAGGACACUGCAGGGGGCAUGGACAAUAAAAGCUUGCCAAGCAGUAGCCCCAGAAACACCACCCCCCAGGACAGUACUAAUCCUGGCAGCACGCCUGCCAGCCAGGCAUCCUGCACUCCAGGGCCGCAGACCGUAUUCUCCUCGCUAGAAAGCAAGGGGGAGUCAAAGAUGACUCCACAACAGCAGCAGCAGCAGCACCACCAGCAGCUGGCCAAUGAAAUUAUUUCGAGCAUGGGGGAUAACCCAGAGGGCCUUUCCCAGGAGCAGCUUGAGCACAGAGAACGUUCCUUGCAGACCUUGCGGGACAUUCAGCGCAUGCUCUUCCCCGAUGAGAAAGACUUUGCUUUGAAGGAUCUUUCGGCCCUGGGGCAAGGCAAUGGCGGGGCUCCUCCUCCAAACACAAACAUGAUGGAAGGAGGAACCAAGAAAUCUGAUCAAGGACCCCUCCAGGCUAUGAUGGCCCAAUCUCAAAGUCUUGGAAAGCCACCUGGGUCAAGGCCAGAAGGCCCUCCAUUUGCUCAGCCUGGGCAUAGGGAUAUGCCCUUCUCCCCUGAUGAGCUAGGGCCACCGCCUGGGCCACCCAUGAACUCUCACCCCGGUUCCGAACAUUCAGAUCACAUGACACCAGAGCAGAUGGCCUGGCUGAAGUUACAACAGGAAUUUUACGAGGAGAAGAAACGAAAGCAGGAGCAGGUCCAACACAGGCCCAUGGGUGAUAUGAUGCUCCAUCAGCAUGGUCCCCGUGGCAUGAUGAGGGGACCCCCACCUCCUUACCAGAUGAACCCUGGGGAGGUCUGGGGCCCUGGCGGGCCUGAGCCCUUUGGUGACCAGAUGAGCAUGCCGCCAAGAGGCAUGCCUCCUCACGCAAUGCAAAGAAUGCCAGGCUUUCCAGGAAUGAUGAAUCCUGACAUGGAUAGUGGGCCCAAUCCCAUGCCAAGACCUGGCAUGAGCUGGCCGGAUGACAUGCCCAAGAUGGGGGAUGGUCGAGGGUUUCCCCCAGUGCAGGGGGUUUUCGGAGGUCCAGGAGGCCGAGUGGAAAGAUUCCCCAAUCCCCAAGCAGUGCAAGAAGGGAUGUUCUCACAGCAGAUGGCAGAUAAGCAGCAGAUAGGCUUGCCGCCAGGAAUGGUUAUGGACAAUGUGCGAGGUCCACCAAUGGACAUAAACAGGAUGAUGGGGAACCAAAGACCCAUGGAUCCAGGCAGUAAUGGAGGAGGGGUUAUGUUCCCUAGGAUGCCAGGAGAUGGCCCUAUGAGCCCCUCUAGAAUAGAGUUUAUGAAAGGUCCAGGUAGGGACAUGGAGUUUGGUAUGGGACCUGGAGGCAUGAACAUGAAAGACAUGACCCUCAAUGUCAACAUGGGCUCAAACCCUCAAAUGAUGGCUUCCAAGAUGAGAGAACCCCCAAUGAACAUGAGUCCUGAGGAAGUGAUGAAAAUGCGACAAGGUGGGGGGGGCCCACCUGACAAUGUUGGCCCCCAGCAAAAGAUGCUUCAAGGACACCAGUUUCCUGACCAAUCCCAACCGCAGGAAUUCAACAUGGCUCCCAAUCGUCAUUUCCCAGGAAUGUCUCAAGGGCCAGGCAACAUGAGGGGGCCGCGGGGCGAGCAGCCUUUUGGGCCUGAACAAAGGACUAAUGCAGGAGGCAAUGCCAGGCUCAGUCACAUGCCACCACUACCUCUAAACCAGCCCACCAGUUCUGGCAAUAUCGGUUCAGGCCCCCCUGCCAACCAGAGGAGCUUGGGACGGAAACCCUCAGACCUGAGCGUCUCCGCCGGUCCAGUCAACUCGCCAAACGUCAACCCCUUGAAGUCUCCCACGCUGAGGCAGGUGCAGUCGCCCAUGCUGGGCUCCCCCUCCGCCAACCUGAAGUCGCCGCAGACCCCGUCCCAGUUGGCGGGGAUGCUCACGGGCCAGUCUGCUGCCGCGGCGGCCGCUGCCGCGGCUGCGGCCGCUGCCUCCAUCAAGUCCCCUCCCAUCCUGGGCUCUGCCGCCGCCUCUCCGGUCCACCUCAAGUCUCCCUCCCUGCCGGCGCCUUCCCCAGGGUGGACAUCCUCCCCCAAGCCACCCAUGCAGAGCCCAGGGAUCCCCCAGACUAACAAGCCCUCGCUAAGCAUGACGUCUCCGAAUAUGAUGGGGAACGUGGAGCAAGGUGGAAAUGGCCCUCCCUCGGUUCCUGCUUCUAGCAGCUCGGCCGGGCAGCCAGGAUCCAUGAAUCUCCCUGGGAGUCUUCCCUCCGGCAGCCCCUACGCCAUGCCACCGGAGCCCACCCUGUCGCAGAACCCUCUGUCCAUCAUGAUGUCCCGCAUGUCCAAGUUCGCCAUGCCCAGCUCCACCCCUCUCUACCACGAUGCCAUCAAGACGGUCGCCAGCUCUGACGACGACUCGCCGCCCGCCCGUUCGCCCAACCUUCCUUCCAUGAACAGCAUGCCUGGUAUGGGAGUAAAUCACCACUCAAACCACCCUCGUAUGAUGGCUCCAAACUCUUCAGGGCACAUGCCCUCUCUCAGCCCCAUGGGGAUGAACACUAUGGGGUCACAGCCACUCUCGCACGGCCUCCCCAAUCAGAUGCCAUCACCGAACCCCAUGGGCCCCAAUAUUCCUCCGCACUCGGGGCCCAUGGGUCCAGGCAUGAUGCCACAUGGAAUGAUGAUGCCUCCUGGUUCUCAAGAUCCUGGGCUCAACAAUCCCCAGAUGAUACCUCAAGGUCGAAUGGGCUUUCCUCACAGGCAACAGGGUUUCCCUCCAGUGCAAUCUCCCCCACAGCAAGUCCCCUUCCCUCAUAAUGGCCCUGGGCCCAGUGGGGUUCAGGCAGGUUUUCCUCACGGAAUGGGCUUUCCAGGGGAAGGGGGACCCCUUGGUCGCCUCGGCAACAUGCCCCAAGGCCCUGGUGGAGAGCCAGGGAUUUGUAAACCAAACGUGCCCGGUGGCCAAGAAUCUUUCAACAACAUGCCCUCCGUGUUCACCGACCCUGAUCUGCAGGAGGUCAUCCGCCCAGGUGCGUCGGGGAUUCCUGAAUUUGACUUAUCGCGGAUCAUCCCCUCAGAGAAGCCCAGCCAGACUCUGCAAUACUUCCCGCGAGGCGAAGCUCCCGGCAGCAAACCGCCCCAUCCCUCGGGCCCGGUCCCAGGCUUCCCUCAGAUGCAGGGCAUGAUGGGCGAGCCGAACCCCAGGAUGGGACUUCCCAUGCCGGGUAUGGGGGGGCCUGGACCUGGCCACAUGGGCCCUCAGGACAUGCCAAUGGGCAAUCCGGCGCACAAUCCCAUGCGACCACCAGGCUUCAUGCCUCAAGGCAUGAUGGGACCUCAGCACCGGAUGAUGUCACCAGCACAAACUGGUAUGCCUGGGCAGCCUGGCAUGAUGGGUGGUCCUGGAAUGAUGCCAGGCAAGGAGCGAGGGCCGGGGGUUCUUUACAACCACCCUGGACCUGUGGGGUCUCCUAACAUGAUGAUGUCACUGCACGGUAUGGGUGGCCCACAGCAAACUAUGAUGAUGCCGCCUCAGAUGAGGCCCCGAGGCAUGGCAGCAGAUGUGGGAAUGGGGUUCAACCCUGGGCCUGGAAACCCAGGGAAUUUAAUGUUCUAAGCUGCUAUAAAAAGAGAAAGGACUUGUACACGCAAGCACAGGUGUUGUAGGUUGGGACUACAGGAAAUGGGCAUCACUUACAUAAGUACCUGUAAGUGUGAAAUGGGAAAACCCUCCUUAGCAAGACAGCGACGGGAUUAGGUGUUGCAGUUGCACUGCGACAUGCAGAACAAAUACGAAGAGGGUAAAACUAGGGUUCUUCUCAUUUUAUUUUUAAUUUUUUUUUUGAAAACUCCAGAAUGUAUGAGAUUAAUCUACGGUGAAGUUUUACAUCAUUAGCUCAACAGUUCCUAGAAUUUUUUUAAUCCAUUUUUUUUUGGACUCGGGAGGCUACUUAAAUGCUCCAGGUUUAGAGGUCUGUAGCUGUACUUUUUUAAACAAUAAGUAAAAAAAAAAAUACAAAAAAUUACAAAGGAUCGCCAUUUCGUCACAAGUUGCACCGUUUUCGCUGUAUGUUUACGUCAUGGAUCUUUUCCCUCCGGAAAUAAAAUUCUUUGUAUUUGUGUACUGUACUUGUAUUGUAAAAGGGAUUUUAGCAGUGACUUCUAUAGUUUUUUUUUCUUUUUCCAUCUCUGUUUAUUGUUUGGGGGGAGGGGAGAGGGCUGCAGUUAUUGAAUGACAUGCUGCAUCAGUCACCACACAGUACUGUUUACCUUGGGGUGGGCAAAACCAUUUCUUUUUUUAAUAAACUCCAGUGUAUAACAAACCAAACUAUGACCUCAUAAAGAUUAAUAGUAUUAUAAAAAAAAUAAGCACAAACAUGGAUUAACUAUAAUAAAGUGUUUUUCUUUUCUUUUUUUAUUGUCAAGAAAAAAAACACUAUGGACAGAGUACGUAGAAAUCAUCCAAUCUUCUGAUAUGCGCAGUGUGUCUGCUGGUUCUUGAAUACCAUUUUUGUUUUUUUGUCCUGAGGGGGAUGGGGGCUAGGGGAUAUCGGACAACAUGCCUCAUGUUUCAAGCAGUCGGUCCUUCGUUGGCUGAGCGUUCGGACUUUACUGUUAUACUUUGUGGCCCAGGAAUAUUACUGUUAUAUAUUUUUUUUAACUUGCUGUGUAUCAUUACUCAAGGCUACCCCCAAGUACAUUUUGCUGUGGGAGUAGAUAUGGAUUUAAGAGGGUAUCCUGAAUUUUGUUAUAAAAAGAAAAAAAAAAGACAAAAAAAGUCUCUAUCUCCCUCCCCCUCUAGUGUAAAACUGUUAUGUGUAACUCCAUUGAAUUUGGUACAGAACCACUUCCCAGGGCUGUGGUGUUGGAAGAAAAAUAAAAUAUAUUGUUUCG